UCUGCGCUUAUUCGUCCGGCUUCUUGCUCUGCGCGGGCUUCUUCGGCCCUGGAUGGCCCCAUGACCGUCCAUAUAAUAUAAAAUCUCACCCGUAAGCCGUGCUCGCCGUUCGCUUGCCAGCAUCGAGCAUCGUCGCGAUCAUGCACCGCGUUCAUGCCACGCUGCUCCCGCUGGUCCUGCUCCUCGUCCAGCUCGCGAACGCGAACCUUGUCCCCCGCGUCGUCUCCUCCUUCGCCGGCGAGACGAGCACGUUUGAUUUCCCACCCAACGGCGCCACGGUCACCGCGACCGACACGGUAAACUUUCCGGAUCCCUCAGAGGUCGGCUUUGCCGGUCCCACCCCCACUGGGGACGAGGCCGAAGCGAUCGCCACCGCUCCCGUCCUCGCCAAGGUCGACACCGCCUUUCCGUUGAUCGACCCCAAGGCGGCAGGCAAAACCCAAAAGGCUUUCAGGGUCAUCGAUCACUGGGGCAACCUCUCGCCCUUCCAGUCGAUCGACUCGUCCGUCUACGGCCUGCAGGACGCGUCCCCGGUCGUCCCGGACGGAUGCGAGCUCAGGCAGGUUCACCUCCUCCACCGUCACGGCGCGCGGUACCCCACCGGUGGAUCCGACCCGUCGGCCUUUGCCGCCAAAGUGCACGCCGCUGCGACCAACGGCACCGGCUUCAGCCCCAAGGGCGCCCUCUCGUUCUUGAACACCUGGACGUACAAACUCGGCGCAGAGAUCUUGACUCCCUUCGGCCGAGAGCAGCUCUUCAACCUUGGCGUCGGCUUCCGCGUCAAGUACGGAGAUCUGCUCAAGGGCUUCGAUGACUUGCCCGUCUGGCGAACCACCUCCGAAGCUCGCAUGGUGGACUCGGCGCUGCACUUCGCUGCCGGCUUCUUCGGCGUGCAGUCCUAUCAGUCCGACUACCACCAGCUGAUCGAGAUCGAGUCUGACGGGUUCAACAAUACGCUGGCGCCGUACGAGGUCUGCACCAACGCCAACAACGCAGCCGGCUCCUUUGGCAGCAUCCAGGCCGCAAAGUGGGUGCAAAUUUACCUCAACAAGACCGUCAAGCGCCUUGCGCCGCUGCUUCCCGGCUUCAACCUCACCGUCACCGACGUCUUUGCCAUGCAACAGACCUGUGCUUACGAAACUGUCGCCCUCGGCUUUUCGUCGUUCUGUGGGCUGUUCACCGAGGAGGAAUGGAAGGGCUAUGAAUACGCUAACGAUCUGCAAUUCUGGUACUCCAACGGUCCCGGCGGUCCCACGAACGCCGCUCAGGGUAUCGGUUACGUUCAGGAGACCAUCUCGCGCUUGACCCAGACGCGAAUCACCAACUUCGACACCUCCGUCAACGGCACGAACGUCGCGUCCAACAUCACCUUCCCGCUCAACCAGCCUAUUUUCGUCGAUGCGACCCACGACACCGUGAUUAGCGCCAUCCUCGUCGCCUUCAACUUUACCGCUCUAGCCGCGAACGGGCCUCUGCCCACAGACCACAUUCCCAAGGACCAGUCGUACAUAGUCACGCGGAUCGCGCCGUUCGCGAGCAACCUCGUCGGGCAGGUGCUCGCGUGCCCCGCCAAGUCGGCCGCGCCGACGCACAUCCGCUGGAUCUUGAAUGAUGCCGUGCUGCCGCUCACGGGCGUUCGGGGAUGCGGUCACGACGACAAGAACGGACUGUGCGAGCUCGACGCGUUCAUCUCCGGCACCAAGGCGCGCAUCGCCGAGGUCGACUUCAACUUUGAUUGCUUUGCCAACUACACGAUCCCGGUGCCGGAUAACAUCAUCGACGGCAGGUUUCCGCCGGCGCUGAGGAACGCGACCACGAUGGCUUGAAAGGGUUUAAUACGCCUCACGUCGAGCGGCGAAGCUCAAGGUUACGAGAGAAAAAAGAACGAUUGCCUUUCCAUACGUAAAGAUCCGGCGAUUGCAUUCUGGAACGGAAUGUUGGUGCCAUACAAUAGCACUUUUUCCCCCGGGAUCCAGCAUGCCAUGCGUGCGCAAAGCCCGAGGCGCUCUGUGGAGGGUUAUGAAUCCGCACGUCAGAGCAUGACUGACGGUGCGCUCGAUCCCCGUUUGCACGUCGGGAUGGGUCGAUCUGGGAGUGUAUCCUUCACGUAACGGGCGUUCGUGCGGCCCAUGAAAUCGCACGCGCGGGCUGCCCUCGAUGGCUGAUAAGCCCGAUCUGUCCUAUCCUUGGGGAGUUCAUAUUUGCGGCUUGGCCGGGGGGUCAGAUGGUGCCGAGCGCUACUCGCGUACUUCAUGUGCCCGGGACGUGUGACCGCGGGCUUAAGGCCUCGAUGCAAUCGCAACUGCAGCCUUCCCGAACAGGUGAUGUCUUGCAUUUGCGCACUACUUAUACUGCGCGGCUGGGAAGGAGAAGGUCCGGGGAUGCAGGUGGCGGUGUGCCGAAUCCGACCGCCCGAGUGCGGGAACGAGCUGAAUGGUUCCAUGAACCGCAGAUAGAUAUAUAUACGUACCGAUAAGUUCAGAACGAACAUGCUGUGCGAAGACGUAGGCACCCGUGCUUCGUACUUUUGCUAUCGCAGACGCCUCCUCGCUCCGUGGGUGGCGGGGCACGAAGGGGGACACGAGGCACCCGGUCGAGAUGGAUUCGUACCGUAGAAACGCCAGGCCAACAGGAGCAGACGGCGACGGACUGAAUUGGCAAUAUUCCGUUCGGGGGAUGCCGGCGAGACGAAGAGAUCCCAGAUCUCAGGCCAAUUCCCAUCGGGCCUGCACCAGGUUCCCGCGACGUGCCACCAGGUACCUAACCUUGUCCUGUCCCCGCAGCCCCCGAGCGACCGAACGUCGUAUAUAAUGUCCCCCGGCUCGCGCCCCGCGCGCGUCAUAUCACCACCGUCCUCUGUAGUCUACGGCUGAAUACAUAUAUCCCCCUUUCCCCCCUGCGCCUCCCCGCCGAUGGCCAGUGGCAAUGCCACGCAGACCCAAGACUUCGACUUUGGCAUCCGGCUUGGGAUCGUGUUCCUGGCGGAGGCUUUCGGCGUCUCCGCCGCUGCCGUCCUGGGGCUGCUAGGCUAUAUUGCGGUCCGUCUCCGUCGACCUCCUCCUCAUCCAAGAUCCGCAGACGUCUCAAACCCUGCCUGCAGUACAGCGCGGUGACGAUCAAGAAAGGCGCGCUGCGGCACUGGUCGACCGUCACCCACGUCCACUGGUACUUCCUGAGCUUGCUCGUAUCGGAGCUCAUACAAGCGAUCGGCGGUUUACUCGAUAUCAAAUGGGUAAUAGAAGCACGUGUCACCACGGGAUCAUAUUGCACGGCCCAAGGCGUGCUGAAAAAUAUGGGUGAUGUUGGCGUCGCGCUGGCAUCGUUGGCAAUUGCUCUCCAUACCUUUCUCAUCCUAGUCUUCCGAUGGCAACCGAAGCCAUCGCCUCGUGUUGCGAUUGCGGUGCUUGCCUGCAUAUGGACUUUUCUCAUACUCAUCCAAGUGGUGAUAUUUGGAAGUCGCAAGAAGAAGUACUAUGGCGAUACCGGUUUUUGUCCGUCGUCCACUGAAGUGUCCGCUUUUUUUUCUUGUCACUUAACGAGUCGGCUGCAUAGGGUGCUGGAUCGAACCCGCAUACGCGGCGGAGCGCAUCGGACUUGAGUAUGGGUGGAUGUGGUUCGCAUGUCUGAUCAACCUGGUGCUCUACACCCUCCUCGCGCUCGUCAUCCGCGGCUACGUCGUCGUGGACGGCAUCAAAUUUCACGUACCGCGGCAGGAGGAACGCGUGCAGCUGCGGUCCUCGAUGGGGUCCACAGCAAAAGACGCCACAGGUAUCGCUUGGCGCAUGCUUUUCUACCCGGCUGUCUACACUAUCACCGUUAUCCCGAUCGCCAUCGUGCGGUGGGCAGCAUAUUUCCACAGCGUACGCGUCCCUUUCUGGGCAACGAUACUGUCCGACUUUGUUUUCGCAUGUUCCGGCUUGCUUAACGUCCUCCUAUUCUCGCUCACUCGGCCCACCCUCGUUCCCAAACGAGCCCGUCGAUCCACGCAAAUCCUGAUCACUCCUCUUGCCUCACAUAACGCGUCUUCGCCCUCUGGGCGUUCUCGUAGCCUACAUCCCUCGCACGAAUACUUCGACCACGACGAGGACUUCAUACACGAGCCGUGGGCCGUCGCACCGCGACAAUCGACCGUUACUCCUGCUCCAGAACACAAGAGAUCGAUACUGGACUUGAAUUUCCCUGAGCCGAUAGCAUAGUGCCUAUAUGUACCAGUAGACUCGUAGACAACAUCUGUAUUUGAUCAUUCAUGCGUUUGGCUUCUCAUAAUGAAUCC